AUAUAUUAUGAGUGCCUGCAUUUACUGCUGCUUGUUUUAUUUAAUAGCAGGUAUCAUUUAUCCAAUUAGGCAGACUUAUUAAGCUUAUAAAUUAAAAGAAGAAUUAUCAACUUGGAUUUUAUAUUGGAUUUUAAUGAGUUCAAUAUAUUUAUUAGAAUAAAUAACAUUUGAAGUCUUAUUCAUGUAUUUAUUGUUUAAUUUUUCAAAGGAUUCCAGGAUAUUCAUUAUUGAAGACUUUAUAUGCAAUCUGGCUAUAUCACAAAAAAACUUAAGGAACAUUACUUGUUGGCACUAUGUUUCAUCCUGUAUUUAAGAAAAUAAAAGAUAUUUUGACUCCAUUUUAAGAGCGAUUAGAGAUUUUUGAAUAAGUUAAAUGAAUUAUCAUAUCAUUUUUCAAAGAACCAUCAUAUAUAUUUGCC